AUUAAACAAUCUGUUUUUUAGAUGAUGAAGAAGAGAAACAGAAUAGAUCUUCCCGAGGAUUUGGUAGUGGAGAUACUCUCUAGGGUUCCGGCGGAAUCUUUGGUACGAUUACGAACUACAUCCAAAAGAUGGAACGUUCUGAUCAAAGAUGGGAGAUUUGCUAAGAAACACUAUGCUAAUGCACCAAGGCACUCUCUGAUUAUCAUGUUGAUUGCUUUUAGGGUUUAUCUGGUGAGCGUCGAUCUCCAUGAGAUUAACAACAACAAGGUAAAGGUAAUAAGUCAAUUUAGCCUAAAAGAUCCUCUUUCUGAUUCUUUGAUUGAUAUUUGCAAAGUCUUUCAUUGCGACGGCUUAUUGCUAUGCACCACCAUAGACAAUAGACUAGUUGUUUCGAAUCCGUGUUCAUGUGAAAUUAAGUGGAUCCAACCAAGAAAUUCCUACAAGAAAUUCGAUAUCUAUGCUUUCGGUAAAUCCUCAUGCAACAAGUACAAAAUCUUGAGGAUGGAUCAAUUUGAUUAUACUAGCCCAGUAUUACUUGACUACGAAAUCUAUGACUUUAACUCUAAUUCUUGGAGAGUUAUUGGUAAGAUAAUUAGGGAAUGGUUCAUACCGCGGUGUACGGACCGCGGCAUGUCUGUUAAUGGAAACACUUACUGGCUUGCUUCUACUAACGACUUCACAAGUGGGCAUUUUAAACUUGGUUUUGAUUUUUCAACAGAGAGUUUUGCAAGGGUAUCUCUUCCGGGUGAUCAUCUUCCUGAUCGUAUUUUUGCUUUAUCAGUUACUAGAGAAGAUCCAAAAAUUUGUAUAGCUACUCGGAGCAUCAUUCAAGAACUCCAUAUAGAUGUAUGGAUUGCAACUACGAUUGAGAGUACGGGAGCUGCGUCAUGGAGAAAAUUCCUAUCAGUUAAUUUAGCAAAUCUCUACAAGCCUUUUUGCUUUGCUCGUGGGAUGAAUUUCUUGGUCGACCAGGAGAACAAAGUUUUGGUGUGUCGCGGUAAAUAUUGGGUCUCUGACGUUUUCUUACACGUUGUGGGAAAGGAUAAAUGUAUACAAGUGGAUCAUCAUGAUGCAGAAUCUCGAUGCUCACUUGUCGACAAUUAUGUUCCAACUUUGGUUCAAAUCCAACAAGGUUUAUAAUUCUUCGAGUGAGGCAAAAAGGAAGUAGCUAGAAGAUCUAGUAAUCUAUGAUUGUCACACUAAGUUAUGUAUUAUCUAUCCAAGUCUUGAUAUUUGAUUUUAAAAGAAGUCAUAUAAUGGCGUUUUAAGAGAAAAAAAAUGGCGUUUUUAGAAAAAAAAGUGUCCACUCGUUUCUUUAUGUCUUACGACACCUACCUUCCGAUCCGUACUUUUGCUCGUGCGAGUGCAUAGAAAAAGGAAAUGAG